AUGGGCGCUAAGGUUCCGCGCAACUUCCGCCUGCUGGAAGAGCUCGAGAAGGGCGAGAAGGGUCUCGGUGCCGAGGCCUGUUCAUACGGUCUUGACAAUGGCGACGACCUGCUGAUGUCCGACUGGAACGGUACCAUUCUCGGUCCACCACACAGCGUCCACGAGAACCGCAUUUACAGCGUAUCGAUCCACUGCGGCCCUGACUACCCCGACACUCCUCCGGAGAUCAAGUUCACAACCAAGAUCAACCUACCCUGCGUCAACCCUCAGAAUGGAAAGGUCGAUGGGUCCAAGUUGCCAUGUCUGGCUCAGUGGAAGCGCGAUUUCACCAUGGAGACCAUAUUGAUAGAGCUUCGAAGGUAUAUGGCGCUGCCUCAGAACAAGAAGCUUCCACAGCCACCUGAAGGCGCGAUGUUCUAG